AGUAUAUAACGGAGGUGAUCUUUCCCUCCGGUUCACUAGGAGGAGAAAGGUGUCCGGUGCUGAUCUUCCUCCUGCUCCUCCUCCUCCUCCUCUUCCUGCUGUUACGUCGCCUCGCCUAAGCCUGCUGCCCACCAUGCGCGCCCUGCUGCUGCUGCUGGCGUGGCCGCUGCUGGCGUGGUCAUUGCCGCUGCCGGACAAGCCGUCGCUGUCGUUCGGCUUCACGCCCGUGGCCGCCGGCCGUGGUGCCGGCCCUUCCUCGGGCUACAGCGCCCCCUCGCCCCCCGUGUACGGAUCCCCCGCCCCAGACUACAGCCCACCCUCCGGCGGCUACGGCGGCGGGCCCACCAAGACCAUCUACGUGAACGUGCCGCCGCACCAGCCGCACCAGCCGCUGCCACCCGUGUCCGCAGGUCCGCCGCGCAAGCACUACAAGAUCGUGUUCAUCCGCGCGCCGCCACCUCCGCCGCAGACGCAGGCCAUCCUACCGCCGCGCACGGAGCAGAAGACGCUGAUCUACGUGCUGCACCAGCGGCCCGACGACCAGCCGCAGGUGGUGGAGGUGCCGCACGUGCCGCACGACCCCGAGGUGUUCUUCGUGGAGUACGACACGCCGCCCACCGCUCACGACCUGCAGCAGCUGUCCUCUGGCAACCUGGACGGCUUCUCCGUCACCGCGCAGCAGCAGGGCGGCGGCUACGGCGGCGGCGACGACCUGUACAAGCGUAGCACGGGCGUGGAGGCGGCGGCGGAGGCGGCGGCGAGCUCCGCCGACACGGAGUCCCUCACCACCUGAGCCCCGCCCCGCACCGGCCCUCCUCCGGGCGGGCCACAACCCCAAAGUUAACUUAUUGUUCCCGGCACGCCGCGCCGCCGCUCCCCCUGUACCCAGUGCCCCGCGGGGCUGGGGCGGGGCAAGGCACCCUGACGGGCCCCAGUCUGCCGCCCCCCCUACACCCCUACAGCACCCCCCCUCCAAGGCCAGCCUCGCCCUGCCCCAGGUGGCCGCAGGCGGCGCCCACACCUCUGUCUUACCUCUGUCUUUGUAAUAAAGUGGAAAUAUUCA